AUGAUAAAUAACAUGAAUGAUGAGAACACCGCCAACCAUACACUCACUGUUAUCUCGUUUACAAUAUCUGAACAACAAUCCGAAGACAUCUUCUUCAGCAGCUGUUCCACUGCUUCAAUGUUUCCGCCGAAGACUGCUUUGUGUAGAGAUAGGUCUAAUAUCGGUGUGGAAGUGAUGGUUGGCAUCGAUUGCAAGCGUUUUGUUGACCUGAAGAGCAAUCAUGUGCUCAUGAAUGCCAUAAAGUGUGGCAUUUGUUUGAAAGUUAUCAUCAAUUCAGUGGACACUCCAUGCGAUCACUCGUAUUGUAGUGAAUGUCUCGAAGAUUGGGUCGUCAGGAGAGGUCGCAAAUGGUGUCCACAAACCAGUUGUAAGAGUUUGUUGUGUUCUGAGGACAUCACUCUUACGCUUACCACCGAUGACGACAAGAAUUUGAUUCAUAUCGGACACAAUGUUAUGGUGAAGAAGAAUGUUGUGAUGAAUUCAUUGGUGUCUCAACUGAAGAUGAAAUGCGAUUUUCUCAAGUUACCUACACUUCUUCUCAAUUGUAAUCUCAGUUACCGUUCUGUAAACUCACUUACAUUCGUGUCCAAGACACUCUUCACACCGGAGAGAAAUCCCUAUUCUCGGCUUCUGACAUGUGAAUUGGAGAAUGAGAUCAAGAAAAGUCAACUCAAAUUGAAUGCUAUGUUUGAAUACAAGCGAACCACAAGUGAAUGCAUUUCAUCGGAUAUACCAAUGGAUUGCUGCCAUACGAGUCACAACUUCAUGAGCACAUCCAUCGCUUCCCUCUUAUGCGGUGAUUGUGACGACCAGGUCUUCGGCGUUCAGUUCAUUCGGUUCGGCACUUAUGAGACUAAGUCAACAGUUAUGAUGUGUCGGUGCGACCAUAUUGUGAUGAGACAAGUGGUGAGACAUGAAACGGAUCCAAACACUCUUUCAGUGAAGAUUCCUUUCAAGGAAACGGAACAACUCUUUUACUGCACCGACCCAUCAGAUCCCACUAUAUUCUUGAGACUAACGCCACAGUCCUCUUCAAUCAUACAAAAUGCCUUCAAUUUGGGAGUGGGAUCACCCGGUGGCACAUUUCACGUGACUGCCCAGGAGCCUAAGAAGCAGUUCAUUACGAUUCGGUUGACUCAUCACUUGAGUCCGUAUUUAAUGCAUAACAACAAGUCUAUAACAUUUGCUCUAUUGUCACUCACAUACCAACCGACGUAUCUUGGCCUGGUGUUCACCCGUGUUGACGAC